CGGAGGCGGGGUCGCCUGGGCCCGCGGCUUCCGGGGCCCGGCGCCUCGCUCGGCUGCUCGCUCUGGACAGUGACGCGGCGGGGCUCCAAGCGGCCCGUGCGGACGGAGCGGCGGCGCCCUCGCGCCCUGAGUCUCUGUAGAAGCUGAAAUCCAUCAAACUCCAUUCUUCAAAAUGCAAUGGAACGUACCAAAGACUGUAUUCCACCUGGCACGUAGGACAUGCAUGGAGCCACAUAAAGCCAGUUUUCUUGGACACUGUCAAAACUCAGAGGGACCAUUAUUUUUGUAUAACUCGGGAUCCAGAGUGGUUUGGGUACAAGGCCCUCAGAAACAGUGGCUGCACUUAUCUGCUGCCCCGUGUGUUGCGAAGGAAAAGAAGCCAUUCGUUGCUCAUCCACCCCAAUCACGGGUCCAUCACCGUAAACAGUGGGACCGAGAGACCUUACCCAAGAGGAGUCUGUCAUCCACCGCCACGCCCCCGGGAACUCCCUCGGAAAAAAAGGAGGAACCUGACCCUUUACAAGACAGAUCUAUUAGUCUUUAUCAACGAUUUAAGAAAACAUUUAGACAAUAUGGGAAAGUGUUGAUUCCAGUGCAUCUAAUAACUUCUGGAGUUUGGUUUGGAACAUUUUAUUAUGCAGCCAUAAAAGGAGUGAAUGUCGUUCCUUUUCUAGAACUUAUUGGGUUACCUGACAGCGUAGUAAACAUUCUGAAAAAUUCCCAGAGUGGAAACGCACUGACAGCAUACGCCCUGUUUAAGAUCGCAACGCCUGCCCGGUACACAGUGACUUUGGGGGGCACGUCCUUCAUGGUGAAGUAUCUGCGCAGCCGCGGCUACAUGUCGACGCCACCUCCAGUGAAGGAGUAUUUGCAGGACCGGAUGGAGGAGACCAAGGAGCUCCUCACGGAGAAGAUGGAGGAGACCAAGGACAGGCUCACUGAGAAACUGCAAGAAACCAAGGGAAAGGUUUCCUUUAAGAAAAAAGUGGAAUAGCGUGCCUUAUGUAGCAGGUUAGACACUUACACACUUUACCCUUGGGAGGAUGUGGACAAAGAUACACACACCUGAGAUUUUUGGUUAGCAGCCCAGAUACAGCAGCUCUCUGAGGGUUAAAGAACUAAGAUAAGGUUGUAAAGGUGAACAUCACGAGAAGAAUCAGGGGUUUUUGAAAAGAAAGAGUGGACCCCGAAUAAGAGUUCCACACCAGGGGCGGCGUCGAGAGCUGGCUGAGGGCCCGUGUCUCCUGCAUCAGCUCUUCUCCGUCCUCCAGUUGUCCUUGCUGCUUCGCAGCUGCAGCUGCGGUUCACGCGGUGGAGGUGCGGACUCCUUGUGUCACCGGUGUUGCCAUGGAGUUCACGCUGGGCCUCCCUGAUGUUCAUUGAGGUGUCAACUGUAUGCAGUUCUCAGAAUGGAGACAGUAUUAUCAUCAGAACUACCUGUGAAUAAGAGGAUAGUGAGUCUAUGAAAACAGUGUAUAACAGUUAGAUACCACUCAGUGUGGACUUCUAAUGAGGAAAGCUGAGUCAUGUAUUUGUAAAUAAGAUGUAUUGGUUAUACGUAAAUGAAAAAAUCGACCCUCUGAAAAUGAUUUUUACCUGAAGCUUGUCAUAAUCAAAUUUUUAAGCAAAUCUGUCACCGUCACACUUUCUCACCCAGAACAUAAGACUCUUACUUGUGCAUCAUGUCUAACUGAGCUGAGUUCUCAGAGGAACAGGGGAAAUCAUUACACCUUAAGUUUACGGCUGAGCAGCGCCCAGAGCACUGCUGGUUUGGGGGCCGGGACCCCGCUGCUGCCCGGAAGGCCAUGGUCUCCACCAGCCGCAGAGUCAGGUUUAAGGCUGUAGCUGCUGCUUUCCCCUUGAAUUGAAACAUCCUUACUUGAGCAUUUUACUUGAAUUUUUUUAAUAACAAAGGUAUCACUUAAUGACCUGUUUGGAAAGAAGUUCAGUUGUGAGAAGCGUGUUUGAGGGCUGUUCGUGUUCACUUUCUCCUCUGCCUCUUCUUCAGUCCUGACCUUGAGUGGACACCAAGGAGGGAGUGCCUCUUUCCAGACUGCCGUUGUUGAGAAUGUCGGGGGCUGCCAGGACCCAUCCCGCAGGCUCACUGCUGUUUGGCAGGGGUUUUGUGUUAAAUACUUACUUUGGCCAAAUUGAGAGAAUACUUUAAAGGGAAAAAAAACGUUUACAUUUGAUCCAUCUAAUCAUUAUGCUGGAGCACUUUUUAAAUGGAUUUGGACUCUUCCUUCUCUUGGUGGUCAGGGCAGGCCUGAUGAGGCAGAGCGGUUUGUCUCCUAAUACAGAUCGAGUGCGUGAUUUCACGUUAGCAGCACGUUUUCAGACCUAAAAACAGUGAACAUGUUCUAGCUUGUUUAUCAAAUAAAUCGCAUUUUUGCCGAUAUUAAAUGCUAAGAUACUAACCA